AUGCCACUGCAAACAUUUAGUUCUCGACGUCAACGUCAACACUUACAAUUUUCACAAGAAGAAGAACAAGGACAACAACAACAACAAAAAUCACAGUUCUCUUUGGAACCUUCUACACGAGCUACUCGUUUUUUAUCUAUUGCUGAUCCAUCUUUUCAAUUGCCAGGUGCAAAUCUCCUUCAAUUGAAUAAUCAUAUUACAAAUGUUAACAAUUUAUCAGUCUCAGAAGAAACAAUUGAUGAACUACUUGAUAAAAUACCAUUCAAAAUUGAAAUAAUUCCUGAACGACGAGAUGAUUUUAAUGAAACAGAAAGCUUAUUGGCAAAAAAUCAUAAAGAAACUAUGAAAAUACCAAAAGUUAUACCAAGUGGUUUAAGUCAAGAACGUCGUUUAGAAAUAAUUGAAGAUAUUCUUAAACAUUUAAAUAAAAAAAAUAUAAUUGAUGAAAUUCGUCGAGAAAACGCCAUACCAUUUCAAUUACCAAAAAAUAAUCAACUACAAAAAAAUGUAGCUGAACGUAUUCGAGAUUUAACUGGAAGUGAAAUAGUUAUGCUUAAUGAUCAUAUUUAUAUGAAAAACUUAUGUCAACGUAUUGAUGAAGAAUAUAAAAAAGAACUUGAACAAAAUUUAAAACGAUUUGAACCAAAUGAAAAAGUGUCGAUUAUUAUUUGA